UUUCCCCUUUCAGGAAAUCUGGGUGGGUUCUCUGAUCUCAGUUCCUGUAGUGGCAAGCUGUAUAUUUAUUACAGAGAGAGGGGUUGUAGAAUACAGUCUACAGAGAAUUUAUACCGUUAGGAAAAGGUAAACAAAAAUGUCUUCAAAUUCCAACUUGACUACUAUGCGAAGACUGGUGGAACAGUUAAAGUUGGAAGCAAGUGUCGAGAGGAUCAAGGUGUCCCAGGCUGCUGCAGAGCUCCAGCAGUAUUGCCUCCAGAAUGCCUGUAAAGACGCCCUGCUGGUUGGAGUCCCAGCUGGAAGCAACCCCUUCAGGGAGCCCCGGUCCUGCGCUCUGCUGUAAACAUGAGAAACUGGCUUUUGUAUGUCUGAACUGAAGCAUGACGCGACUAUCGAUUGCUGCCUAUUCCGUUUUGAAGGAUCGCGAUUGCAGUGCCAUUACAUUUCCAUGCCCAAAAUGUCUAUUUAUCAGUACCUUUUAUAGUCUCUUAAAAGAACCUUUUGCUAAUGUGUGUGUAUAGUAUUUUGUAUAUAUUAAAAGAAGAGUACAGUUACACACGUUUUUUGUGAAAUCUGGUUUUAGUACUGCUUUACCUAUGCAAUGUUUACACUUUGUACCAAUGUGCCUGUUUUACCAAUAGGUUAUUUCCUAGUAAUGAUAAGAUUCUAACUAACAUUUGACAUUAUUCUGUGGCUAACUUGCAGUUUUGAAAUAUAUAAGUAGCAGAGAUGACCAAUAUACACUGGCAACUGUUCUUGAGCAACCAUUUCAGUUUCACAUGAAUUGUGCUAUUCUGAUAAAUAUACCGCACAGAUAGUGGAUACAAAAGAAAAAUAGUUAUAGAAAAAACAAGGUGUAUGGCCUAUAGGUGGGAAAAUGCUCCUUAUGGAGCCUGCAUUACCUAUAACAACAUUCUAUUACAUCGUCUUACUUCAUAUUAUUCUCCGAAAGUAAGCCGACCACAAGUUUACGAGAGAAGUUGCAACAGUAUGUAAGUUAUUGAGUUACAAACAUUGCCAGGGUAUACCUGCCUAUAUAAUACAUGUCUCAAUGUUAGUUGGAACAAUAUCAUUCUACACAAAUGGUUUGUCUUGCUGCUGCUUUUAAAAAAGGUCUGCGUUUUAACAGAAGUGCCCCUGACAUGCACGCUUUUUGCCUUCUGCUGUUUGUUAUGGCAGGCAAAGACUUUUUAUACAGUUAAGCCAGUGUUGUUUAUGUUGGGAUAAACUUCUUGCUUACGCUUUUAGGUUUACAUUUGUGUUAUUGAAAUAUGUGGAAAACCAACGUGGCUCCUUUUUUAAACUAAAUAUAUUAAAGUAUUUCAUGUAGAAACAA